AUGUCCCUCCAACCCCACCCGACCGAUGACGUCUCCAGCGUGAGCUCUGUGCCCUCAUCGCGCAACUCGGGCUCCGGCCCAUCCUCCAUCACCGUCUCGAGCACCGGUACGGUUCCCCCUCCAUUCCCUCUAACGUUAGGCCUCGAUUUCUUCGAGUAUCGCCGCGCCUGUUUCCUCGCCGGUGCGCCCCUACCCGUCGUAUCCUCCUCCUCCACCACCUCUUCGUCCUCCUCAUCCUCUUCAGCAAACUACAACCCCCCACCAACGUACCACCUUCCUCCGCCGCCACCACCCGCCAUGUCCGUGCCAUACGCCCCGCCCCCUACCUCCGCUGUGGGCCGGCUGGAAUCACUUCUAGUCGAUUUCUCGGGCCCUUGUGAUGAGUUGCGCGAUCCUGCUGCGGUCGCGUGGCACGGGGGUAUUGGCAACGUACACCGCAAUCUUACGGGUAGCAAGCGCCUCGCCAAGGGGUUGAGGCUCGGUCUUGUUAUUCGUAUCCUGCGGGCUGGAUGGGUCAAGGACGGGACUUGGCCGUGCGAAGAAGGGAUGCCCGUCGAUCCGCCGAGCUCGCCCGAGAUGGGGCCGGUCCGCGAGAUCAAGUACCCCCCACCUCACGAAAAUCGGCGGCCACAUAAGGUCAACGACAGCACUAUUCGGGGACCGCGCCGGCCUACGGUGCAUGAUGCCGUUAGCUCAUCUUUGAGCUUGAGCCCGACAAAGGAGAAGAGCACUUUUGGCAGCCGGUUAGCGGCGCUCACAUCGAGCUUUCUGAACGGUGGGAACGGGGAGCGGAGCUCGUCCUCGUCAUCGUGGCCCAUAGGCCCCAGCUCGGCCAUCCUGGGAGGCACGGACUCGCCUAUGCCCGCGUCACCCCUCAUGUCUGAGGGUCCCUCCGCACGGCAGGUCGCGCCCAUGCCGGUGCGGCGCAGACUUGAGCGGACUUGA